AUGGAAGUUUCUCUGGGCGAUUCGAAGCCAAGGUGCAGCCAGCGCAUGAUAAAUGGAAGCAGCUGCGAAGGGAUGCGAGAGCCGUGGGCAUUGGCUGUGGCCAAGGACAACCUCGACCGGAAGGAUGUGAUCAGCUUCAGUUUGGCCAUCAGCACAUGUGAGCGUCGGGGAAGCUGGCAGCGGGCAGUGGAACUCCUUGCUGGGAUGCCACCAGCAGACGUCCGGCCCGACGUCAUCAGUUUCAACUCCACCACGAGCGCCUGUGGCAAGGGCAGGCAGUGGCAGAUCUCUGUGGGUCUACAGGCCGACAUGAGGAGGACCAAGCUCGCUGUCGACGUGAUCGGCUUCAACACUUGUGCAAGCGCCUGUGGCGCAGCUGGUCAAUGGCAGGCUGCCGUCUGCAACUCCCAUGCCCUGUCUGCGCGGCGGCUGGAGCCAGACACGCGGACCCUGAAUGCCGCCCUGAGCGCCUUGGAGAAGGCAGGUGAGUGGCAGCAAGGUUUGUCCAUGGCCUCCCAGAUGAGACGUCAACAUUUGCAAGCUUCUGUGGUGACCUUCAACACGAGCAUAGCUACACUGCGGCAGAGGUGGGACGCCGGCAUCGAGCUGCUCUGGCAGAUGUCCGCCUUCGGUGUGGAUCCGAACGUGAUCAGCUGGAAUGCCGGCAUGUCUUGCCAAAUCGAUCUGCUGGCCCCGUUGUUCUCCCAGGCCCAGCGGCCCAUGAGCCCGGGAUUGCAAGAAGGCCAGGCGCAAGCCCACGGGCUGCUUGAUGAGCGUACCGUCUCCGCUAGAGCUCAUUGUCGAGCAGAUCCUGAUGCAUCGGAUCGGAUCACCUCGGGGGAGGAGGUGACGGUGGCCCAUGCAGAGGCCCGUCACGCCCCAGCCGAGACGCUGCGAGGACCCAGCGAGCUGGCUAAGCUCAAAUAA